AGUGAUUACCGAAACCGCACCCGACCGAAUGAUGUCACCCAUAACCAGAAUCAUAAUUUUGCUUAAAUUCGUCUAAAACAACCAAAAUUCGGCUAAAAUCGCCCCAAAUCAGUCGUUUCCAGCCAAAACAGCCCAAUUUUGGCCAAAUUAACUCGCUGACAUUAGCCCAGUUUGACACUUCCCAAUCAGCUGAUUGUACCAGUAGUGUCUGUUUUGUGUUUUUAAUCGAAAAUCCUGUGAUAUCACGUUUCUGGCGAUAAGGGCCCCACUGCAACCCAUCUUAUCGCAAUGUUAUGCCACCUCGAGUCAGAUUCACCCAUGCCAUGACCGGCCAAGGUUAUAAUUAUGUCCCUGAAGCUCAUGUCGGCUGUAAUUUCGCCAAAUAUCGCAAAUCAACCGAAAUCCGAAACCGCUGAUAAACUCCUACGACAGUUACUCGAGUGCGUGCAAGAGUGCCAAAAACGAUAUGGGGGAAAAACCGAACUAGCGACUGAGUUUGAUAGCUGUGUUGUGGCCCUGUGCUUGACGCUCGAGGCCGUUUUGCUGCACGGAAUCCGGGUAAACCCCCAAGGCUCCGCUUUGAAGCAAGUGGCGAGCAGUCUGCAUCUAGGGGGCGAGAACCCUUCGUUUUGGCCGUUUGUUAGGACGCAUUUAACGAAGCAUGAGCAGGAGAGAUACGCCGUUUUGAAACAUAUCUGGACUGACACGGGCCGCGGGCGUGCGUGGAUCAGGGCGGCGCUGAACGAGCGUUCUCUGGAAAGAUAUUUUCAUAUUUUAUUGAGCAAUCAAUCGAUAUUAGAGAUUUACUAUGAAGGCUGUGCAAUUUUACGCGAUUUGGAGAAGAGUUCCAUGUUGCCCAACAUGGCGGGGGGCGUAGGCUCGAUCCUCUUCGCCAUUAGUAUAGAUAAACCUGAACUAAACUCGGGGAUUCCCCCCCGCAUCGACAGUAUCAAAUCGAAGGCGGAGCCCAUCAUUGAGGCCCCCUUGAGCGAGCGCCCCAAAACCCGGAAAAAGAAAAAGGUGGCGCGACAAUUUAUCUCAUUUGAUGAGGACGAUAGUGUUUUGUCAACUAGCGUCCCAUCAACCUCUAGCAGUAUUUCCUCUGAUACAAGUACCUCGAAUGAACAGCAACAGUCUUCCACUAAGUUGAAAAAAAUUCUCGAAGAAAACAGAAUGGCCGAAAACGCGAAACCGCGUCGGAAAUUAUCGAUCGAAACGAGUGGUUCCCGCGAAAAGUUCCGGGAAAUCCCCGAAACACUUACUCCAGUCUCGCACGCCGAAAUCGGCGAACUUACCCCAGUUUCGGUCGAAAUCAAUAAAAAUUUCGAAUCGGACGCGGUUGUGGAAGUCCCGACUGACAUUAGCGAAGUCCUAACGGCAGUCGAAGCCCGCAAUACCGAAGAACUGAACAAGAAACAAGAACGCAUCGAUCAGUUGUCCAAAGAGAACGAGAUUCUCAAAGAGCAGGUUAAGAAGUACGUCAGUGCGAUUCAAAUGUUGAAAAACAACGAAAACGUGACACUUGAAGAUUUGGACAUCAACCAGCAACCGGAUUAUCAAGGCGAGGCGAAACUUUUCGAAAAAAAAUUAGUCCAAGUUGCCGAAAUGCACGCCGAAUUGAUGGACUUUAACGUGGCUUUGCAGCAAUCGCUCUGUCAGAAGGACCAGCUGGUUGAGCGGCUCAAGGCCGAGCUGGAGCAACUCCGGGGGCCGUGUCAUGAUGAUGACACGGAGGGCGAAGUCUCGGGGAAUGUUAAUGUCUGGAUUCCUUCGGCGUUUUUGACCGGGACUGGGUCAAGUGCACAUCAUGUUUAUCAAAUUUUUCUAAGGGCCGGGAAUGACGAGUGGAAUAUUUAUAGGCGAUAUGCGCAGUUUUAUGCAUUGCACUCUGAUUUGAAAAAGUUGGAUCCGGCGGUCACGUCGUUUGAUUUUCCGCCGAAAAAAAGUAUAGGGAAAAAGGAUUCAGCGUUAGUUGAAGAGCGCCGAAAGCGACUGCAAGUCUAUCUGAGGCGCGUUUUAGCGCAUUGGCCCGAACUAUCGCAUUGCAAUAGCCGGUUUUUACUAGAGCAACAUUUGGCUUUUUUCAAGGACCAGAAGGACGGUGAGCCGAAUAAAGGGAUUUUCUCGCCUCGAAGAAGCCGAAAUACUAAUGAUAAUCACUAUGCAGGGCUUUAAACUAGAUCUGUGGAGGUUUCCAGUAAUAAAUUAGGGUUAUUUGUUACGAAUAAUACGUUUUAUAUUUUAUGAUGAGCAGUAAAGAUAAAUAAAAUAAUUUGAAUAA